GCAUCUCAGUUUUUGAGAGUUCCAGGUUGUUCUUGGGUGUGAGGUGAGAGCUAAAGAUCAUCUAAACACUAGUUUGAGAGAAAAUGGCUGGAAAUGGAUCUGGAAAUGGGAUACCGCAGCUGCCCAUCUUCAAAGGAGAAAAUUAUCAUUUCUGGAGCUUGAAGAUGGUGACCUUGUUUAAGUCACAAGAGUUGUGGACUCUUGUGGAACAAGGGUACACGGAGCCAGAAGGUGGAGGUGAGGGAGAUGCUACCUUGAGGGAAAAGAGGAAGAAGGACGCCAAGGCCCUUUUCAUCAUCCAACAGGCUUUGGAUGACACCAUCUUCCCAAGGAUAGCAUCAGCCAUGACGUCAAAGCAGGCGUGGGAUACUCUAAAGCAAGAGUAUCGUGGAGAUAAGAGGACAAUCAUGGUCAAGUUGCAGUCCCUAAAGAGGGAGUACGAGACGGCCUUGAUGAAGGAGGAUGAAAGUGUGGAAGAUUACCUCUCAAGGAUGACCGGCAUUGUGCAAAAGAUGAGGUCAUAUGGAGAGGAUGUAAAGGACUCACAAGUUGUGAGUAAGGUGCUGAGAAGCAUGACCAAGCGCUUUGAUCAUGUUGUCACAACCAUUUAGGAGUCCAAGGACCUAGAGACCUAUACCU